AUGAAAUUUACAACAUUGGUAACCAUCGCGUUUGUUGUAGUCCUCUUGUCAUCUUUCUCAGCUGCUCCGACCCAGUCAACGGUGUUCGUAAAACCUACGGGACCGCCAUGCGACAAUGUCGAGGUCGGGGAAUGCAUGUCAGCUUUACCUACUGGACAGAAACCAACGGCAAAGUGUUGCGGGCAACUGAAAGCACAAGUACCAUCAUGUUAUUGUGCUUUCAUUAAAAAUCCAACUUUACGUAAAUUCGUUACUUCUCCCGACGUUAAUAGGGUUCUAGCGCAAUGUGGUAUUCGUACUCCUUCUACUUGUUGA